AUGCAAGCAUUCAACACCGAGUCGAUAGUCCGAUCGGUCUGUAACUUGGACCCAAUAUACAGGGGGAAAGUAUGGUAACAUGCUGAAAUCUGUGUAAAUGCUGAAUCUCCGAGUUGAGCAGGUCUAUGUUAUGCAUUUUUUGUAAGACGUGCGAGAUAAUCCUACUCUCUUUCUCGCUAUUCUCACGUUUGUACUUUACUGUUAGGUUUUUAGAUACGGCGGCCGACGCAGGUAUUCCGAACGGCCCCCGCGCUUGUUUUCUGAUCACCUGCCAUGCAAACGUGCAUUUCUGUCCGUUCUCCAGAAAAUACAUAAAAAUGGGAGAGGGGUGUUUCGUUUUUCUUCCAUUUUUUUAUCGCUGAUCGGAAUAAUAAAAAGAUCAGCACCAAAAAUUCUUACAUAAAAGCGCUCCGCUCUUCCAGGAAAUUCAUUCGCAUCCAGCCAGUCUUCCGGAUUCGACUCUCUUCUCUCCAGGACAAAUCCGAAACAUCAUGAUGUAAAUGAUUUUCAAGCGUUCAGCAUUAGAGAAAAUGAAAAGAGUUCCAUCACGAGAAAACCAUUCAGCCCUCAUAUUAAAAUUCUGAAAUGUUGCUCUUGCAGGUUCGCUCCUCGCCUCAUCUCGUCCGCCGGGACUUCUUCUCCGAUGCCCACCUCAGCUCAAUCCGAGCCAAAACAGCCAGACACACCCAGACCUAAGUAA